AUGUCAUUCAACUAUUAUCCGAAGAAUUUUCGCGCCAACGGCUGGGGUUGGCAUCGUACGGCAAACACAGCUAAAGCGGUUCGCGGGUUUUUGGAUAGAGAAAGGGAUGGUGAACACAGUGAUAUCGUUAGGAAUGGCCUGUAUCCGAAACUGCCAUCGGAAGAUGACUCCACGUUCAGUGGGGUCAAAUUGUAUCCCGCCUUGCCAGUGGAAGAGUAUGAGAGUGGCGCUGUGGAGGAAGUAGUCGAGGAGGCGUGCGCGGCUGUCAAUGUAGAUUUGGCGAAUACUGAAAUAGAAUACGCGGAGUGCAAAUAG